UGCCGCCGCCGCCGUGUGAGUGAGUUGGGCUGCUCCAGCGGGGCUAACCCCUUCCCCCUGCCUGCGAGUCAGCCUGGCUACGAAUCACGUGUCAGCUGCCUGAGGCAGAGACUAGAGAGGAGGGGAGGGGGGGAAGCGCCUCAUUCCUUCUUCCACCGCCAUACUGUAUUUUAUAGUAACUCAUUUUUAUUCCUCUCUUUUACUCCCGCUCGUGGAAGGUUUUCCUGGAGAAUGAAGUGCGGUUUGGUUUCCUUGUCAACGGAAGAUGAAGUGAACAACUGAACAUCUCCCCAGUGCAGGUUUGAGACUCUGAUGGAAUGUUAAAAGAGCACAGCCCUGGUGAGCAGAGUGUGGCCAUAUCCAAGUUUGGUGUUCCUGGAAGGUGCCUCGCCAGUUGGUUUUUGGUUAAAGCAAAGUGAGCCAAUCAUGACCGGCAAAACACAGACCAGCAAUGUUACCAAUAAGAAUGACCCCAAGUCAAUCAACUCCAGAGUCUUCAUUGGCAAUCUGAACACAGCCAUUGUCAAAAAAGGUGACAUAGAGGCAAUCUUUGCAAAGUACGGAAAAAUAGUUGGCUGCUCAGUGCACAAAGGUUAUGCAUUUGUACAGUAUAUGAGUGAGAGGCAUGCGAGGGCUGCGGUGGCAGGAGAGAAUGCUAGGAUCAUUGCAGGACAACCACUCGAUAUCAACAUGGCAGGAGAACCAAAACCAUACAGACCAAAACCUGGAAACAAGCGGCCACUUUCAGCCCUUUACAGACUUGAUUCAAAGGAACCUUUCUUGUCUGUUGGAGGUUAUGUCUUUGACUAUGAUUACUACAGAGAUGAUUUCUACAAUCGAUUGUUUGAUUACCAUGGUCGUGUCCCACCACCACCUCGUGCAGUGAUACCAUUGAAGCGCCCUCGUGUGGCCAUGACAGCAACUCGUAGAGGGAAAGGGGUUUUUUCCAUGAAAGGGGGAUCGCGAUCAACGUCUAGUGGGGCGUCUUCUUCAGGAUCCAAAUUGAAAUCAGAUGAGUUGCAAACAAUCAAGAAGGAAUUAACCCAAAUCAAAACAAAAAUUGACUCCUUGCUAGGGAGACUGGAGAAGAUUGAAAAACAGCAGAAGGCUGAAGCAGAAGCUCAAAAGAAGCAAAUGGAAGAUAAUGCUGAUUUGAUCCAAGAGGAAUGCAUAUCAGAGAAUGCAGAUAACUCUACAGAAGAGCCUAUUGAAGUAGGGCCAGAUGCAGAUGGGGAUGGAGAAGAGAUGACUGAUGGAAUAGAGGAGGAUUUUGAUGAGGAUUGCAGCAAUGAGCUGAAACACUGUUGGACAAUUUCCCUGGUGUACUGAACACUUUGGACUUCAGUGAGCUUUUUCUCAAUAGCAGUGAAAACAUGGAGUUCUUCAUGCCUAAGACAAAUGAAUAGUUUCUACAGAUCAAGUGAUGAGGUGUCAUGUGUGAGCCCCUUGGAGGCUGAGAAGAGAAACUGUGACUUCCCCUUUCCACUCCCCCACAGAAAUGUGAACUGCGGUUUCUUACUGGCUAGCAACACCUUUGAUUCAAUUUGUAUGAAAACUCACUUUACUUAUUAAAAUGGACAUUAUUGUUCAAACCUUAGAAAUUUCAUUUCUUAUAUGUUCUAAGCUGUACAACUGUCAGAUUUUUAUGGUUUAGAUUGUAAAUGUGUUUUUCUCUGGCUAAUUAUUGGUAUUAUUUGUUUUUAAUUUUGAUGUCUUAAAGGCCAAGGUACUGUAUGAUAAUAAUAUGAAGGACAUAUUUAGCAGGCGUGAGAGACACUGUAUACAAAUGUAUAUUUGUAAAAGCUAUUUUUAUGAUUAGCAUGUUUUACUGUUUAUCAUAUUUAAAGUCAGUUGAUAUUGCAUUUCUAUGUUUAUAGCUUAACUCAGACACAGUCAUGUUAUGAUCAAAGACUUAUUAUCAAUCAUGUUGUAUGGUAUUUUUCAUUACUUUUCAUUAUAUUCAUAGUUUAAGAUAAUUAUGUUUACUAGUAGGGAUAAUAUUGAAAGGCAAAGUAAUAGUUCUGUUCUGUUCAUGCACUAUUUCACCGUAAUUGCUAAAAAGUGCAAAUAUGUCAAAUAUCAGAUCAAUUGAUAAACUGUAAAUUAGACCCACUUGUUAAUCCCUUUUUUCAAACAAGCACUCUCUGUGAUGCCAUAGAUUAGCACAGUUAUUUCAUCUGUAUCUGUUACUAUCUCAAAGCAGUUUGUUGUUACCUUAUGGAAAAGUUUACAUGCCAGUGAAUGUCCUAUCCAAACUGUAUUCCAGACAGGUGAAUGUUUUAUAUAUUGCCAAUAUUUGAAACCUUACAUUAGAUUAUCAAUUGUUUUGUUUCACUUUCGGUCAAUAGGAUCGUUCCAUUUCUCAAUCUCUCAAGCAUUCUCCACAUGCUUGAAGUUGGAAUAAUCCAUUCUCACAGAGGCUGUAGGGGAAUUCAGUAUUUAAUUUCUUAAUAAAUCAUGUUUCUUUUCAAACAAAA